UGGAGAGUGUCUCCCAAAAAUCCAGACCAUACAAUUAGAGAACAACAGGAUAAAUUUUACUGAAGCAGAAUUUGGAAACUCUUCAAGACCUAAUAUUAGAGGGAAAUGAUAUUCGGAAUUGUACGUUUCAUUUGGUAUUCAGUAACAUGACACAAUUAAAAAGAAUUGGACUUAGCAACAACAACAUUCAAAUUCUAAACAAAAAUACGUUCGAAAACUUAAAAAACAGCAAUGUGCGCAUAAUGGAACUUGCCAGAAAUAACAUAUCUCAUAUAUCUAAUGACAGCUUUCUGAUGCUUACAAAAUUACAAUCCUUAAAACUUGGAAGAAAUCCUUUGACAGACACUGAGCUUUCUAAUGCAUUAGAAGGGUUGCAGCAGGCUCCUCUGAACUCUCUUAGUAUUCCCAAGAUGAACUUUGACGGAAUAGUACCAUCUUCUUCUUUUCAAUGGUUGAAAAGUAUGAACUUGUCAACCCUCGAUCUUAGUUUCAAUGAGUUAUACACAAUUCCAGUUCAGUGUUUUCAACAUUUAACCCAAUUAAAAUCUCUAGACUUGAGCAAUUGCGGAAUUCGUGACAUACACGAAAAUGCGUUCGAUGGGCUUCAAAAUCUAAACAAUCUCAUGCUAAGCAAUAAUUUCAUUGAAUAUAUUCCAAAGAAUCUUCCAAAGAGUUUAUUAUAUCUCUAUAUGGCUGGAAAUCAAGUUGAAGUUUUAAACAACAAUGCCUUCACGAAUUUGACUCUUUUAAACCGCCUUCACUUGGGCAACAACAAGAUAUUAACAUUGUUUAAAGGAGCUUUUUCUGGACUUAUUAAUCUGCAGGACUUACAAUUAUAUGGAAACAGAAUCAACACCCUUCCUAAACAAUUAUUUGCUCCUUUAACGAAUCUAACUAAGUUGCAACUCCAACAAAACAGGUUGACAACGAUACAAAAUUCUUCCAAAAUUCUUUCCUCAUUGACGUCACUAAAAUAUUUAAAUUUAUCCGACAACGGGUGUUCUGUUUUACCAUUAACCUUGUUUUCAAACCUCAGAUCUCUUAAGGAGUUGCAACUGAAAGGGAACAAGCUAGGAAAGUUUCUACUUUAUGAUGCGGAGGGGAAAUUAUUUUCAGGGUUACAAACACUGAAAUUACUUGAUUUGUCAAGCAAUCAAAUUCAUACAUUUUCUACUCGUUUGUUCAGUGACAUGAUAAACCUAGAAAUCUUGAAUUUAGAAGACAAUUGGAUACCUGGACUAGUCGGGAUUAUCUUAUCCAAGGCUAAGCAGCUUCGCUCUUUAGUCCUUUCAAAUAAUAUGAUUUCUGUCGUAAAUGAAGAAAGUAUGAAAGGCUUGGAAUCGUUGACAGAAAUCAACUUUAACAACAAUCCAUUUGCAUGCACGUGUGAUCUUCGAUGGUUUCGAAGAUGGAUCGACAAAACUAAAACUUUCGUACGGGACUUAAAGAAAUACAAGUGUUAUUCUCCUGAAGACUGGAAAGGCAAGACACUGUUGUCGUUUGACGAGACGAAGAUUGAAUGCAACUUGGUAUCUGUAAAAGUAACCGUUGGAAUAAUUGUGACCGUGAUAAUAUUGUUUGUCGUUCUAAUUUCUAUCAGCUGUUGGUAUCGCAUGCACAUUUUAUUUCUCACGUAUUCAACAAAGAACCGCAUUCGUCGAUAUUUAACAAGAAGGAAUCAAAACUACACUGAAUUAGUUAAUAUGGAAUACGAUGCAUACAUCAUUUAUUCCGAGGAUGAAGAGGACUACGAGUGGAUAAAAACGAAUCUUCUAACAGAGUUCGAUGAGGGUAGUGAAGACGAUGAAAACUUUCAUGGCAAAUACAAGUUGUAUUUUGGCGAUCGAGACACCUUAGGAAGCGUUGACAAUCUGCAAACAUCAGUAAACACUAUGGAAAACAGCAGAAAAAUUAUCAUUGUCGUUUCCAAACAUCUGGAAUCCUACCGUCUAAGAGAUAUGUUCAUUGGAGAAGCACUAGAUUUGAAAGGAAACUCGUUGUGCGAUAUUAUUGUUAUCACUGUGGGUAAUAUUUCCUUAGCUGAGAUACCGAGACUUCUUCACUCUAAAGUCAGGAUUGGUGAUCACAUUGAAUGGAGAGAUGAUGAUAUUUAUCGGAGAGUUUUCAAGGUGAAGAUGGAAGAAAAGUUGAUGAAUAAUUCCACUUAACGUAAUUGAAUAACAAGAUGCCAGAUUAAGAUUGUUGCUUGUUAACCCUUGAAUUUCAAAUUAGGGACAUCUUCAUAAAUGUUAUGCUCUUCAAUUGAAAUGAUAAGUUAUGAUUUUGUGUUCUUGUAUUUAGACUAUGGUAUUAUAAUUAUCCAAAUGAGAAAGUAUAGAAGAAAAAUAUUGUAAAGGAUUUUUUUCAGACAGAGUAACUGUUGAAGUGAUAAAAAAAAACCAAUGCUAUAUUUACAGGAAUUUCUACUACUGUUAUACAAUUAUUGUAUAUAAAAAUAUUUAUACAUAUUAAAUGUCGUUUUAAAAACAAACAUUUGCAGAUUUGGGUCUUCACAUAUGAUACCAUUGGUCCUUUCUUUAAUCGCAAAUCUAACAUGAAAAUAAACAAUGC